GGUGCAGGGGCGGGCGCGGAGCAGAGCGAGCUGCGGCCGUGGCAGCUGCACGGCUCCCGGCCCCGGAGCAUGCGCGAGAGCCGCCCCGGAGCCCCCCGCCGCCCCGCCCGCGGCGCCCCGCGCCCCGCCGCCAGCGCACCCCCGGACGCUAUGGCCCACCCCUCCGGCUGGCCCCGCGUGUAGGAUGGUAGCACACAACCAGGUGGCAGCCGACAAUGCAAUCUCCACGGCAGCAGAGUCCCGACGGCGGCCAGAGCCUUCCUCGUCUUCGUCUUCGUCCUCGUCCUCGUCCCCGUCCUCGGCGGCGCCCGCGGCCCCCGCGCGCCCGCGGCCCUGCCCGGUGGCCCCAGCCCCGGCCCCCGGCGACACGCACUUCCGCACGUUCCGCUCGCACGCAGACUACCGGCGCAUCACCCGGGCCAGCGCGCUGCUCGACGCCUGCGGCUUCUACUGGGGGCCCCUGAGCGUGCACGGGGCGCACGAGCGGCUGCGCGCCGAGCCCGUGGGCACCUUCCUGGUGCGCGACAGCCGCCAGCGGAACUGCUUCUUCGCCCUCAGCGUGAAGAUGGCCUCGGGCCCCACGAGCAUCCGCGUGCACUUCCAGGCCGGCCGCUUCCACCUGGACGGCAGCCGCGAGAGCUUCGACUGCCUCUUCGAGCUUCUGGAGCACUACGUGGCGGCGCCGCGUCGCAUGCUCGGGGCCCCGCUGCGCCAGCGCCGCGUGCGGCCGCUGCAGGAGCUGUGUCGCCAGCGCAUCGUGGCCACCGUGGGCCGCGAGAACCUGGCGCGCAUCCCCCUCAACCCCGUCCUGCGCGACUAUCUGAGCUCCUUCCCCUUCCAGAUCUGACCGGCCGCGUACGCAGCAUUAACUCGAGCACCUUGUUAUUAUUUUGUAUUAUUAUUAUUUCCCUGGAACAACAUGGGUGCCCUCCCCACCCAGGUUGGAGGGAGCCGGGGCGUGGGGGCGAGGCGCCUCCCCCUCUCCCCCGCAGACAAGGCUGCAGACCCCUCCCCAUCUCUUGGGAGGGUGCCCCUCCUCCUGGUGCUCCCUCUGGGUCCCCCCUGGUUGUUGUAGCAGCUUAACUGUAUCUGGGGCCAGGACCUGAAUUUGUAUCUCCUACCUCUUCAUGUUUACAUAUACCCAGUAUUUUUGCACAAACCAGGGGUUGGGGGAGGGUCUCUGGCUUUAUUUUUCUGCUGUGCAGAAUCCUAUUUUAUAUUUUUUACAGCCAGUUUAGGUAAUAAACUUUGUUAUGAAAGUUUUUUUUUUAAAGAAAAAAAAAGUUUCCAGCGCAUGUGCUUGGUUCAGGGGAUUCCCUUGGUUGUGAGUGGGUCCAGGGCGGAGGGGUCCUCCGAGGGACCUGCCUCAUUUUUUACAGACGAGAAAAACCAAGGCAAGGGUCCACUUGCCUGUGUCAGAGACAACACUGGGGCCUUUUUUGGCCAUCCACCCAGAAUGUGUUUGAAAUGGAUGACAGAGAGGAAACUUCUUUCAUUCUGUGACCACAGCACCUUCCAGGAAGAAGGUGGGGGGGGGGUGUGCUGAUGAGUUUUUGGAAGGAGAAGUGGCGCAUUCUGAAACUGGCGUGGAGAGAGACAGAUUUCAGAGGGUGGGAUGGGGAUCGAGGGCUGGGCCUGACUUCAUCCUUCCUGUCCCCUUCUCUCCGUGUACUUUCUGGUAAGCACAACACUUGGAGCCCAAAGAACGCUUUGCGGUCUGUGGUGGCAGGAGGGCCCUGCAAGCGGCUGUGGGCAAUUCCCUUUGCUUCUCAGGGCCUCAGUGUCUACCUCUAAAAUGGGUUUGCUGGAGGAGGUGCUUGCCGGGCAACAGGGACGAGGGGAAGCUCUCGGGAGGGGAGACUGGCUGCAGGGCACAGGGGGGCUGGCCCACGUCGCCAGAAAGUGCCCAGGACGUGGGCUCUAUGGCUACUCCCCGGUCCGUGGCCUGACAGGUCAGCCACGCUGGCGACCCGGGGCGGGGGGUGGGGUGGCUGGGCGGCCACACUGGGUGAACUGACUCACUUUCAGGUUUGGGGUGAAACAGCCUCACGGACAAGUUGCAGUUCAUUUUUAGAAGUUGGACUGGCCCUAGGCAGCCUUGGACAUGCUGAUGAUGGAGUGUCCUAAUAUUUAAUAAUACCCUUUCAGGCUUGAAAGUACAACAUAAAAUUAACGUUAUCGAGAACUGGAACAGCCCAGGCCUGUCUGGGGGAUUAAAUAGGUUCCAGGCCUCAAGGUUAAGGACGGCUGGGAGAGAUUUAGGAUCUCCGAGAGCUUUGGCAAUUGCAUCCUUGAAGAAGGUGGGGUGGCGGGGAAGGAGGUGACGUCUUCUCUCUGGGCUUCUAAGGAACGACUGCUUUUCUCUGGACCACCUCCCUGCCCUUUGUUCACUGCUGUGCGGAUCAAGCCCUUCUGCUGACUUUCCAGGUCUCACCCUCCCCAACCCCCUCCGCUUGGGUAGUGCCAGGAGAAACACAGAGAGGUCCGAGAAGGCACUGCCUGGGCACCCGGCAGACCCUUAGUGAGCACUUACUGUGUGCGGGGCUCCUGUGCUACCUUGUUUAAUCUUCCCAGCCCGCCUGUGAGUUAGAAACCUCUCUCCCAUUUUGCAGACAGGACAACUGACACUCACGAGAGGCAAAGCAGGCCACGGGAUAAAUGGUGAUACCAGAUUUUCAAAAUUUGGUACUGUUCCGGAGGCUGGGUACCACUGGGCAACACAGCCUCCCAGCGAGGGCCUAAGGCGUAGCAGGCACCCCAAUUGAUAAACCGCAUUAUUCUGCAGAAGCCGUUCCAGCCCCUAGAACCUAUAUGAAAACACUCAACCUUUCCCCCUCCGCCAGCCUUAGGAUCCGGGUACUGCUAACAUUCCCAUUUCACAGAUGAGGAAACAGGUCCUUGUCUAAAGAGAAACAAAGUUGUCUGCAAUAUUUUCAGGCCUCUUUCAUCCUUCUUAGAAAAGUUUUAAAAAUUAACAUCCUCAUGGCACAAACCCAUUCCCUUAAAAACCUGGCGCAGGAUGGCUAGGAAUAAAGGCCCCUCUGAUCACA